AUGACGGAUAUUGCAAUAGCUGAUGAUCCAACAGGACACAUAGGAACUGACAUUCGAGUAUUUGGAAAAUGGAGCGGAGCUGAAGUACAAAUUUCGGAUAUGUCUCUUGAAGAUUAUAUUCUUGGCGCCAAACAGCCAAAAUUUCUUCCACAUUCAGCUGGUCGAUAUCAAGUAAAACGUUUCCGUAAGGCAUCGUGUCCCAUCGUUGAACGUCUCGUAUGUUCAUUAAUGUUUCACGGACGUAACAAUGGUAAAAAAUUAUUGGCUGUUCGAAUCGUCCGACACACAUUCGAAAUCAUUCAUUUACUUACUGGCGAAAAUCCACUCCAGGUACUCGUUAAUGCCAUCAUCAACAGUGGACCACGUGAAGAUUCAACACGUAUCGGUCGUGCUGGUACAGUUCGACGACAAGCUGUCGAUGUUUCACCAUUACGACGAGUUAAUCAGGCACUUUAUUUACUCUGCACAGGUGCUCGUGAUUCAGCAUUCAAAUCGGUUAAAACUAUUGCUGAGUGUCUUGCCGAUGAAUUGAUCAAUGCUGCUAAAGGAUCGUCGACAUCAUUCGCCAUCAAACGUAAAGAUGAACUCGAACGUGUAGCCAAGUCGAAUCGUUAA